AUGCUGCGAGAGGCUCAAUUUCCCUAUUUUUGUCCAUGGUGGGCCGUUAUACCCUUCCCACGUUCGGACGUUGUCAACAUUGGGUACGCGAGGCACCUGGGGAAGAGGACGUAUCCGAACGCUGUUGCGUACCUGGGAGAGCUUCCGUUGGCCGUUGGGAGAGGAGGUUCUGUGCUUCCACUCCGUUGGAUACAGUGCGCGUGGCACGAGAGCCACGAGGGAGGGUUGCGGACGCGAGAGCGUGUCCUUCAUUCUGUGUUCAGGAAGCUGUCAAUGGCCUUCUCCUCAGAUGGAGAUGCUGGAGGAGCUGGGAGCGAAGGUUGUUUAAAGGUUAAUAUUUAUGCACCUGUAGUUGCGAAAUAUGGAAGUAACCUUCCUGUGUACAACCACGGCGGAAUUAUGGCUCCUGCUGCUCCUUCUCACACCCUCCGUCUCCCACCUGUCGCUGCGUAG